AGUCCAAGAACAUCCUCGUGAAAGUCAACGGCGAGUGCUGCAUCGCCGACCUCGGGCUCGCCGUCACGCGCCAACACAUCGCCACGCAGCAACACCACCACUCGCGCCAGGGCACCAAGCGGUAUAUGAGCCCGGAACUACUGGAACAGAGCAUAAACCUGGAAUGCUUCGAGUCGUUCCUGAAAUGCGACAUAUACGCGUUCGCGCUCGUCCUGUGGGAAGUGUGCAGACGCGUGCGGCCCGCCCACGAGUACCGCCCGCCCUACUGGGAGCUGGCGCCGUCGGACCCCAGCUUCGACGACAUGCGCAAGAUCGUCUGUAUUGAUGCUGCCCGCCCUACGCCGCCUGCUGAUGACCACCCGACAAUGGUGGGCAUGGCGAACCUAAUGCGCGAAUGUUGGCACGCUAGCGCCUCAGUGCGGCUGCCGGCGCUGCGCGUCAAGAAGACGCUGCUCAAGCUCGCCGCCGCCGACCCCGCCGUGCGCCUGCCCGCCGCCGGCGAGGACGCGGUAUAAUGGACUUUAACUUGUGAGCAAGAGAGACUAUAAUUGAUUGUAGCGUAGUCCAACGAAGUCGGGAUGUGACUCUCAACCUUGUUAUGUGAGUGGUGGGGACCGUUUUUGAUUGGAACGCAGUAUAGUGGACCUUGUGUAGUCAGCGGGAGAGACUGUUUUUGAAUGUACUCCGAUAUGUAAAAUAGACAAUCUGCGAGGUUGUCGCGUCACUCUCAACGUUGACCUAUGAGUGUUACUGUUUACAGACUGUUUUUGAAUCAAACGUAUUUUGAUACUCGCCGCCGGCGAGGACGCCGUGUGAUUGUCGACGCUAUGUAGUGAGCGGGAGAGACUGUUUUUGAUUGUAGCAAAUUUUUUAAUUUUCUAUCAGCGAAGAGGUUGCCAUGUGACUCUCAACCGUAACUAGUGGAUGUUAGAGACUGUUUUUUGAAUGAAUCUUAAUUU